GGGGAAGGAGGAGCUGGGUCGCAGAGACGGCGAGAUCGCAGCCAGGGGAGAGGGAAAGCCAGCUGCGGGUGUGCGGCUUAGACCGCGGGUGCGAUGGAGGGGUCCUCCCGGAGCGACGGCGACCGCCUGUGCAGCGCCGCCGCCCGCGGGGACCUCGAAGAGGUGAGGAGGCUGCUGGAUGCAGGCGUGGAUCCCAAUGGGACCAACGCCUUUGGGAGAACCCCGCUCCAGGUGAUGAUGCUGGGCAGCCCGCGGGUGGCCGAGCUGCUGCUGCGGCGCGGAGCCGACCCCAACCGCCCCGACCCGCGCACCGGCUGCCUCCCGGCGCACGACGCGGCCCGGGCCGGCUUUCCGGAGACGCUGGCGGCGCUGCACCGGGCCGGGGCGCGCCUCGACCUCCCCGACGGCCGCGGCCGCCUGCCCCUUGACGUGGCGGCGGGGGGCCCGCACGGAGCGGUGGGGCGGUACCUGCGCGACCCGCCGGCCCGUCCGUGAGCCCAGGGGCCCCCGAGAAGGCUGCGCGCUGACCCGCCCCCGACGUCCAGCCGAGUCCUUGUCCCUUCGUCCCCUGCAGCCCGCUUCCCCCGCGAGUAUCCCCGCCGCGAAGUCACCAGGAAGCCAUCGCGGCUGGUGGCGCUCCCGAUGUCCGACUGCUGGGAAAAGUCCUCCUUUGUCCCGUUACCUCUAGGGUUCCUCCCGUGCGCCCCGGGAACUCCCGCUUCUGCGAGAUGAUAUGUGCUGCUUAGUUUUCUGAGAAAAAGGAAAAUUAAAAAAUCCAAACCACAAUCAAGACUAUUGCUUCUGCUUUUCCCUCUUAUGCUCUCCGGCGGGCAGGGCACAAAUAGCAGACGGUGAUUUUGUGCUCUAGGGCAAAAAAAUACCAAAUCCUUCCUUCCUUCCUUCCUUCCUUCCUUCCUUCCUU